UUUAGUCUCUCUCUCUCUCUCUCUCAUCAAAAUAGUAUAAAUAACUGAAUCAACCUGCCUUGGUUUUACCCCAAAGUCCUAAUGAGAAGGAGAACAUCACACUUUGUGCAGUUGAUUGUGAGCUCAUCAGCAAGAGAUUCACCACCCCCCCUACUAAAUCACAAGAAAAAAGGAGUGGUGGUGGUGGUGUGAGAGAAGGAGAAAAGAUGGAUACCCAUACAAGAGAGAGCUUCAAAGGGGAGUGCUCUAAUUUGCUUGCUGAGGUUUCUGUUGAUUGGAGGGGCAGGCCCUGCAAACCUAACAAGCAUGGUGGCAUGAGAGCUGCAAUCUUUGUACUAGGUAUCCAAGCAUUUGAGAUCAUGGCAAUUGCAGCUGUGGGGAACAACCUAAUCACAUAUGUGUUCAAUGAGAUGCAUUUUCCUCUAUCAAAAUCAGCAAACAUAGUGACCAACUUUGUUGGGACCAUCUUUCUCCUGUCCCUGUUUGGUGGGUUCCUCUCAGAUUCUUACUUGGGGUGCUUCUGGACCAUGUUGAUCUUCGGAUUUGUUGAGCUCUCAGGCUUCAUACUACUAUCAAUCCAAGCCCAUCUCCCCCAACUGAGACCACCCCAAUGCAACAUGCUAUCCCAAGAAGAUCACUGCACUGAAGCCAAGGGGUUCAAGUCCACAAUCUUCUUCAUGGCCCUCUAUUUGGUUGCUUUAGGGAGUGGGUGUUUGAAACCCAACAUGAUAGCCCAUGGAGGAGACCAAUUCAAGGAGGAUGAUGAUCCAAAGCACUCAAAGAAGCUCUCCACUUACUUCAACUCAGCUUAUUUCAGCUUCUGCUUUGGGGAGCUCAUAGCUCUCACUGUGCUGGUUUGGGUCCAAACCAGAUCAGGGAUGGACAUUGGUUUUGGUGUCUCAGCUGUUGCUAUGGCUCUGGGGCUCAUUAGUUUGUGCUCUGGGUUCUUUUUCUACAGGAAUAAACCUCCCCAGGGUAGUAUAUUUACCCCAAUAGCAAGAGUCUUUGUAGCUGCAUUUACCAAGAGGAAGCAGAUUUGCCCUUCUAGUACCGAAAUGCUCUACCGAAGCGAGAACACGAAUGCACCGAACCGUGCUGUCGGAAGCUUUCGCCACACAAACAAAUUCAGGUUCUUGGACAAAGCAUGCAUCAAAGUUCAGGAUGGUUCCAACAUGAAUGAGAGCCCAUGGAGACUCUGCACUGUGACCCAGGUGGAGCAGGUGAAAACCAUCCUCUCAGUGAUCCCCAUCUUCGCAUGCACCAUCAUCUUCAACACCAUCUUAGCCCAGCUCCAGACAUUCUCAGUGCAGCAGGGGAGCUCCAUGAACACCCACCUCACAAGAUCCUUCAGCAUCCCCCCUGCUUCUCUGCAAGCAAUUCCCUACCUCAUGCUCAUCCUUCUGGUCCCCAUGUAUGAGCUCCUCUUCGUGCCGACCGUGCGAAGGAUCACGAAAAGGGAGUCGGGCAUCACUCCGCUGCAGAGAAUCGGGGUCGGGCUCUUCACGGUGACCUUCUCGAUGGUGGCGGCCGCGCUCGUCGAGAGGAGGAGGAGAGAGGCUGCUGUGGGGUCAGAGAAGCAGAUGAGCAUAUUCUGGACAGCCCCACAGUUCCUCAUCUUUGGGCUGUCUGAGAUGUUCACUGCAGUGGGGCUUAUUGAGUUCUUCUACAAGGAGUCACUGGGUGGGAUCCAAUCCUUCUUGACAGCAAUGACCUACUGCUCCUACUCAUUUGGCUUCUACCUGAGCUCUCUGCUGGUCUCACUGGUGAACAAGAUCACAACUAGUGGGAGCAACUCAAAAAAAGGGUGGUUGAGUGAUAAUGAUCUCAACAAGGAUAGAUUGGAUCUCUUCUACUGGCUCUUAGCAGGGCUCAGUGUGCUCAACUUCUUCAACUAUAUCUUUUGGUCCAAAUGGUAUUCAAAUACCCCCCCAUCAAGCAGUUCACAGGGUGGUGGUGGCAGAACCCUGAAGGACAAUGAAGUUGACAAUAUACAUGUGUAGAAAAUGCAUAGAAUCCCCUCUCUGUACCCUCUGUUUUAUGUGUAGCUUGUAAAGUACAAAGAUACUAAUAUAGACCAGAAACUUUGGGGAAUUUUAA